UCUCAGCUUCUCCUUAUGCUGACCAGCUACGAUAAUGGAGCUGUCUUGUGAGUCUGCGAGAUACCCAAAGGACAGAAGACCGGCCAGUUGCAAGUUUGUGGAGCUCCAUGUGCUGUAUGUACCAGAUGACCAGUGGAAUGUGAAACUCAAUAAAGUCCCUGCUGAAGCCAUAGAGAGCUUCAUAUCUGCAGGCUUCAUCAGGGUUUAUCCUGAUACCACUCUGAAAACUCUGCGGAGCGAGCUGGGCACUCUUCUUGGUGCAGAUAGGAGCAUCAACAAAUUCUCCUUCCUGAAGUGUGUGGGCCGCAGUCUGGCACUGGUUAAAAUUAAACAGGAGAGAGAUCUGAAAGUGAAAACAUUUGCGCCACCGUAUGCCCCGCAGCCGGAGCUUUACCUGCUGUCCACUGCGGAGAGCGACAGCAGUGUUUGCUCCCAGUCUCUCACCCCAGACACCAGCAGCAGCUCCCCAGACCACCCGACCUAUUACCACCCUCCCAAGACAUGCAGCCUGCCAACGAAACAAUACCACAGAGAAAACAAAGCGGCUAGAGAUUCAGGAGUAGCAGAGUCCCUGGAGGACAGAGAUUCAGGCUUCUCCAUCACAGGCAGGCUGGGGAAACCAAAAGAUGCACAUAGACUGAAGUCUGUCAGGAGUAAACCAACGAGUGGGGUGACAGAAAGUCCAGCUGUGCUGUCUCGGCCUGUUCGUUGUACCUCUCCUCCUCAAGGUCUAGACUUGGCCUUGGUCACACAUAAAACUGCUGCUUCUCCAGUCUUUCAGACAACCAGAGAGGAACUGAUUGAAGAAAUCAAGCUGGUGAGGGAGGAGAGAAAGCAGCUGGAGUGGACUAGACAAGAGUUGCUACGAAAGGGGAAAGAUUUAUUGGCCCUAAACAGACACCGAAGGAACCAAGCACGUGACAGCUGGAAGAAGAAAUAUUUUGAAACCAAGAAGGCCACAGCUCCACUGGAGGACAACCUGAGAAAUUUACGACAAGACAUGGAGACGUUUUACAACAAACUCUUGCACCAGCUCCAGGCCAGAGAUAACAGAGGGAAGCCAAGACGCCAAGGCAGAUCUUCCGUCAAGAAUGAGCUCAUCAUUCAGAUCAUGACAGAGAUCCAUGAGAUUGACAACCUGAAGAGGAAGGUAGAACAUGCCAAGAUGAAGCUGGUAACAGAGAUAAAGCUGAGGAAACAGGCUGCCACAGAGCUGAGGGCACUGAAGGCUGAACUGGCCCAGAAGAAAAGCCAGUCGUCUCAUCCUGUGCCCAUGGCUUCUCUGGGCUUUGGAAAUACCACAAGGGACAGACCACAAGUUCAAAACACCUCCAUCUAAUUUUUUACAGGACUAACU